CGAAGAACCUGAUGUUGCAGGCGAAGGAGUUGACGCUGUGCCUCAUUCUACAGUUUUACCUGAAUAUGUCCGAACUAGUAAUACGGCAAACUCUUGUGUAUUUCAACACUGUGUAGACACAACAAGACACAGAAUAUCAGAAAACAUUAUUCUACGUGUUCUUUGCCGAUACAGUGUAUUAAUUUCAGAAAAAGGUCGUGUUUGCAGCACACACCUCGAGCAAGAUGAAUGGCAUUUACUUGCUAUGCAAGACAAUUUAAUUCAAGAUUUUAAUUCUGCACAGAUCGUUAGUGCGCUAAGGUUGUUAAUAAACCACAUCAAAACAGAAGUUUUAGAUUUUGAGCAUUAUGAAUUGAUCAAUAACAAAGAGUUCCACGAUUGGACUGGUCUUACUGCUGAACAAUUCUCUGAUUUAUUGGCCAACACUCCGAGCUUAAAUCAGAGAAGAAACAAAAAAACAAUUUUAGCAGCUUUACUGGCAAAGAUCCGAACUGGCGACUCAAAUGCUAGGCUCGCAACGAUAUUUAAAACGAGCGAAUCCUCAUUCGCGCGAAUGCUUGCGACCGGCCGAGAAGCACUUUUGCGAGACUUUGUUCCAAUGCAUUUGGGGUUUGACCAUAUGACUCGGGAAGAUGUCACACGAAGGAAUCUUCUUAUCCCAGAAAGUCUUUUUGGAAAUAUUGAAAGUCCUCCCGAAGAAAGAAAAGCUAUUACAAUUGUAGACGGCACAUACAUCUACAUACAAAAAAGCUCUAACUACUUUUUUCAACGAAAAUUUUAUAGUAGUCACAAGUUCCGGAACUUAGUAAAACCAUUUUUAUUUGUCUGCUGCGACGGUCACAUAAUAGAAGUUUCAGGUCCACACGCUGCUACUUCUUCAGAUGCGCAGAUAAUGCAGAAUAUUGCUGAAAAUGAAAGUGAUCAUGGCGAUGGAUUAUUCCAAUGGUUCUAUCAAAGCGGGGACGUAUUUAUUUUGGACCGUGGAUUCAGAGAUGCAGUUCCCAUUCUUGACGGAAAUGGUUACACUGUAAAAAUGCCGGAGACAAAGCAUCCAGGAGCAUCGCAACUAACCACGGAACAAGCAAACAAGUCACGCCUUGUUACUCUUUGCCGCUGGGUUGUGGAAUUAGUGAAUGGCCGAUUUAAACGAGAUUUCCGCCUGCUGAGAAACGUGCAUAUUAAUGUAACAUUGCACUAUAUGUUUGAAUAUUUUAGAAUCGCAGCAGCAUUAAUAAAUGCUUAUCACGUGUUAAUAGUGGAUAAUGUCCAUGCAUCUGAUUUUUUACAAAUAAUCCGGGAAAGGAUGAACAUGCCCAAUACACUGGCAGAUCUUGUCGCCAGACGUAACUUGAAUAGAAUGAGAGCACAGUUCCAGCCCAUGUCUCCGGAUAUGGCAGACUUUAAUGACUUUCCUACGCUGACCGAAGAAGAAUUAAUAUUAUUUAGCCUCGGUAUAUAUCAGCUGAAACAAGCGAGAAGUUACUAUGGAGAGCAUGUUCAACCAGAUGGAGUUUUUAGCAUUGAGCUAAGUGGUGGAAUUCCUCUAGAGCUUGUAAGGGAAUUGGAGGGAGAGGACUUGCAAAAUGAAAUCUAA